CUGUGUGUUCUGGGAGACAGACGGACUCCGCCCCGCCUCCCCAAUCGGUGGGAGCGGGGAUCACUUCCGGUGGGGAGCCCGAGCGGCGGGAGCGCGGCAUCGGCAGCGGCGCCAUGGGUCACACCGAUAUCAUGGGAGCGGCGGAGGACAUCGCCGACCAGUUUCUGCGAAUGACCAAACAGUAUCUGCCGCAUCUUGCCAGAUUGUGUCUAAUAAGCACCUUCCUGGAGGAUGGAAUUCGUAUGUGGUUUCAGUGGAACGAGCAGCGGGAUUACAUUGAGGUCACCUGGGGUUGUGGCUACUUCUUGGCUACCUGCUUUGUGCUGAUUAAUCUAUUCGGGCAAUUAGGGGGAUGCAUCCUGAUAUUAAGUAGAAAUUUUGUACAAUAUGCCUGCUUUGGACUAUUUGGAAUUAUAGCAUUACAGACUAUUGCCUACAGCAUUUUAUGGGAUCUGAAGUUCCUGAUGAGGAACCUCGCACUUGGAGGUGGUUUGCUGCUAUUGCUUGCUGAGUCCCGGUCAGAAGGUAAAAGCAUGUUCGCUGGAGUUCCAACAAUCAAGGAGAGUUCACCGAAACAGUACAUGCAACUCGGGGGCCGGGUGCUGCUCGUCCUGAUGUUCAUGACCUUGCUGCACUUCAACUCUAGUUUCUUCUCGAUUAUCCAGAAUGUUGUGGGAACAGGAUUGAUCGUCUUAGUGGCAAUUGGAUUCAAAACCAAGCUGGCGGCUCUAACCCUGGUCAUCUGGCUUUUCAGUCUCAAUCUCUACUUCAAUGCGUUCUGGACUGUCCCCACCUACAAGCCCAUGCAUGACUUCCUCAAGUAUGACUUCUUCCAGAGCAUGUCUGUGAUCGGAGGGCUCCUUCUUGUGGUGGCCCUGGGCCCCGGUGGUGUGUCUAUGGAUGAAAAGAAGAAAGAGUGGUGAUUGGUGUAACGUCUCCAAAGCCACAGCCCUUUCAUCUCCCUUCUUUCCCCUGCUCUCUCUUUGUUCCCUCAACCUCCCCUCUUUUUCUCCUCUCCCCAGUGAACACUAUUUUGUACUGUUUGUGUGAUUCUACCCAGACUUCAGUGUAUUUGCAUAUUCAGGGUAUAUACUGCUCCACUAUUCAUUUUGGUAACAUCACAGAACAGAGCCUUAAUCUUUGAUUUCACCCAUUGAAAAGUAAAUUAAAAUCUCACCGUAAGAUCUAUUUAUAGUUCACACUUUAAACAUUGUGUGAUUCUGUAAUAAAGAGUGAGCCCACCCCUUAAAAAAUGAAGUAAACCCACAAUUUUGGCUCCGGCUGUUGUGGAGUGAGCUCUCUUUAUAUAUUCAUCUCUUGAGAAGAACUGAGAGAAGAUAUUGAAAUUUUUCCUGUUCUCUUAGGUUGCAAUCUGCAGCUGGCUGACAAAAGUCUUAAUUACUGUAGAUUACAUUUCAGUAUAAUGGUUACAUUCUCAAAAGGGGUUGCAACAAUAUCCCUCAAUACAAAAGAACACUAUACCAUAGUUGUGUACCCUAUCUUAUCUCCUACCCCGACAGCUUUUGUACGCAAGAUAAUAAUUAGGAUUGGGAGAUCUGAUUAAAAGUUAAUGUAUCCAUUUGGAUUGAUAUUUUUAAUUAUAUGUUACAUUUACACUGCCAAAGCUCUUUAUCCCCCCACCCUCUCAUUCCCCAGAGCAGAGGUAGGUGGAGGCUAUGAGUCAAGCUUUUACAGAUUGUGGUUCACCAAAUCCAACCUCUCACAGCAAGAUUUAAAGUUAAUAAUGCAGGCUGCCCUAUGAUCACGUACAGCAGGCCAGGCAGUUCCGAAAGGUUGACAGUUCUGUCCAUCUGGCCUGUGUUGAGAUAGAUAAUGGAAACUGAGGGUCCCAUUGCCAGGAUUCAUUUCACCUGGUGGUCUAUGCCAAAAAGGUUAUGUGCAUGUUCAGCUUGGUUUUAUAACAGUAAUUAUGUUAAUGUGUGCACUGAUUAAUGUACUUCAGUCCAUCUUCAUUGUUGAAAAUCCUGCUGUCAUUCUCUGUAGUCACGCAAGGAAAAUGGCUCCCUUGUUUGAGAUUCCAAGUGAUGACCCGUGCCCACGAAACCCACAUUCCAACGUAGACGAUGCCCUUCCGAAGAAAGAUAAUAUCAGGUUUCACUAACCAGCGUAAAAGAGGUGAAUUGCUAAAUGAAGCCUGACCAUCUUAACAAAGAACAUCUACAUUGCCUGCACUGUCAAUCAAUGAUUUGUGAAUUGGAGGAACAUGGGGGAACCUAUACACUAAUUCCCAAAGGGCAAGUCUUGGUCUCGCAGUCCAAGAUGUUACUUUAACCACAUCUUCUUUUCUUUUAGCUUGAGUUUUGGUUUCUACAAGUGAGCUGUGGGGAAGCAGCAAGAGAAGCUAGUUGACAGGUGGCCCCUUAAAAGUUUGUCUCCAAAGAAAAUGGCACAAUAUUAUUGUGCAGUUGCCCUAAACAGUCCCUGGCUGUAUACUGCUGAUUGCAAUGGCUCCUGCAGGAACUUGCUUGUGCAGGUUCGACUUGGAUAUAAAGCCUUGUGUAUUCAUACAGUUCAUUCUCACUCCUGACACUAGCUAGCAGCUUUGGGCCUGGAGGUCCUUGGCAGGAUGUGGGAGCGGAGACAAAUUAUUUAUAUAAUACAGCAAUAAGGAUGGACUCUUGCUCAAAACACUGUGGAGUAAAUUGUCAGUAUUAGUCAACGUGCCUGACUGGGUGGGGAAGGGGAGGCGAAACUGCAUUCAGCUGGAGAACCUUCACACAGGAUUGCGUUUUGUUUUUACGCAUCAAGUACAAGUUCCUUGGUGCUGAUGUGCGCUCUGUCAUACAGUCUGCUCCUGCCCCUGCCCCAGGGGCAAUAAGAGCUACAAAAGGUCAGGAACCUUCAGAAAUUGUGAUGUCAAGUUUUAGCUGUUGAAAUAAAAGCUUUGAUUCCUUUCCCCACCCUUCAUA